AUUACUGUCAUUAUGACAAUGUGAGUUUCCGUGCGGGAAAGAUCCCGGUGCAGAUGGAGUCUGUAACUUGCAAAAGGCGUUAUGCAAGAUUUAGAAAAUCACAUAAAAAAUAGACGCAUCGUCAUUGUGCUUACAGUGUGCUAAUGGUUUUGUAGCGAUGAUGGCAGACUGCGUCAGCACACGCCAGCACUGCAGCUACCCAUUCGGCCUCUGGAAGAAGAUCGUGCUGUCAACAGUACAUCAGCAAUAAAAACGUUCUCAACUGGCACCAGAUAUGGAGUCAGGGGGCGUAACCAGUAUAGAUCCCAAGCUGGAAUAUACAUCUUCAUCUGUUUCCAGUUCUCACCUGGACGUGAACACUAAUGAUGUCUUAAACGGGAGCAUCAGUGAUAGCAACGUGAACUACAUCAGCAAUGCAGCAACACCAAAAGGAGGAAGCGACCCCAGCGUGUACCUUUCUUCAAAUAAUCAAGGACUCCUCCGUCAAAGGUUUGUCAGGAAGAACCUGUGGCUGUCCGACUCUGACGAUCAAGCGUCUGAAGCCGCUGAAUGUGACAACAUCAAGAAGCCCGUGAAUGGGAACCCUGAGAGAGUCAUUAACAGGACACGUGGGACGCGCCGGGAGACGUCGAGCACCGAGAGCCACGGCGCUCACAAGCAUAGUGCCACGGAGAGUGUGAGCGCUGACGAAGACAAGGAACGCAGUGACACUGAUCACAAAGUCCACGUCGCCGCCCCCGACCAUGAGAGCAGCACCGGCAAAGCGGUCAGCGAUGAGAACGAGGAGGAGGCGGAGAUGAAAGCCGUCUCCACCUCACCAAGUGGCAGGUUUCUCAAGUUUGACAUUGAGCUUGGGAGAGGAUCCUUCAAGACCGUCUACAAGGGUCUGGACACGGACACCUGGGUUGAAGUUGCCUGGUGUGAACUGCAGGAUCGCAAGCUGGCCCGGGCAGAGCGGCAGCGUUUCAAGGAGGAAGCUGAGAUGCUGAAGGGGCUCCAGCACCCCAACAUUGUGCGCUUCUACGACUUCUGGGAGUCUGCAGUCAAGGGCAAGGGGUGCAUUGUGCUGGUGACUGAGCUGAUGACGUCUGGAACGCUGAAAACGUACCUGCGUCGGUUCAAGCUCAUGAAACCCAAGGUGUUACGCAGCUGGUGCAGGCAGAUUCUGAAGGGCCUGCAUUUUCUGCACACCCGGACCCCACCCAUCAUCCACCGUGACCUCAAGUGCGAUAACAUCUUCAUCACGGGCCCCACGGGCUCUGUCAAGAUUGGAGACUUGGGUCUGGCGACACUCAAGAGAGCCUCAUUUGCGACAAGUGUCAUAGGUACCCCAGAGUUCAUGGCCCCUGAGAUGUAUGAAGAGCACUAUGACGAGGCUGUGGAUGUCUAUGCCUUCGGCAUGUGCAUGCUGGAGAUGGCCACCUCGGAGUACCCUUAUGCUGAGUGCCAGAAUGCAGCGCAGAUAUACCGCAAGGUCACCAGUGGGGUCAAGCCUGCCAGUUAUGACAAGGUCACUGACCCUGAGAUCAAGGAGAUAAUCGGGGAAUGUAUCUGCCAUCGCAAGGACAAGAGGUUCUCCAUCAAGGACCUUCUGAGCCAUGCCUUCUUUGCGGAAGACACAGGGCUGAGGGUGGAGCUGGCCGAGGAGGACGACGGCAAGAAGUCAUCCAUUGCUUUGAAGCUGUGGAUCGAGGAUCCGAGAAAGCUGAAGGGCAAGUACAGGGAGAGUGGAGCCAUUGAGUUCACGUUUGACCUGGAGAGGGAAGUCCCAGAGGGCGUCGCCCAGGAGAUGGUGGAGUCCGGCCUCUUCCAAGAGAGUGAUGUCAAGGCUGUGGGUAAGUCGAUCCGUGACCGGGUGUCUCUAAUCCGGUGGAGGCGGGAGCGUGCGAUGUCUGCAGAAGAGGGGGAUAAGCAGAAGGAUGGAGGCAGUACGCCCUGCCGCAAGGUCCCUUGGGAGACGAGCCCCCCUACUGUGCCUGAUGCCCAAGAGCCAAUGGCUGACCAACCAGCUGGCAUACCCUACAUUACUUCCCCUUCAGACAGUACCAUGGACAAUGGCCUUGGCUUUACUGUGCAAACAGACUUGAAUGCUGGACAACACAGCUACAACGUGAUACAGCCGGACCCCAAUACCUGUCAACACGUUUUCAACACAAUACAGCCAGAUGCCAACGUUGUUCAACAGAGCAUCAACACAAUACAACCAGAUGCAAGUGCUAGUCAAAAUGGCUUCAACGCAAUACAGCCAGAUGUCAGUGCUGGUCAACACAGUUUCACCUUCAUGCAGCCGGAUGCCCGUUCUGCUCAGAGCGUACCCUGUCUGUCCCAACAGGAGACUCUUUUUCCUUCUGUCUCAUCGGUCUGUAUUCCUUUAGCCUCUGAGCUCCGGCAGCAGCUCCCAACCCGGAUGCAACAAAAUCUCUCUCAGCCGCUGUCGACCCAGCUAUUCCAGGAACCCUACCACACACUCUCAGCUCAGAUACCCCAGGGGGCCUUCCAGACACUGCAGACAGUCCAGCUACACCACGUUCAAUAUCAGGCUACAUACCAGAUGCUCCAGGGGUCCCAGCAACCUCCCUCAACUCAGCUCUGCCAGGGUCCAUAUCAGCAGCCUCUCAGUAUAGUGAACCAAGGCCCCUACCAGCCACCUUCGUCCCAGCUGGGGCCCUAUCAGCAGAAUCCUGUUCCCGGCACAAUGUUGACUCCAGAACUGGCUACAUCAGUGCUCUCCGCAGAGGAUCCCAGCCAGGUCUGUCAACAGAACCGAGCAUCUGUCCCAGCUGCAGCCCCCACGGUGCACCAUGUCCUGCCAGACCUGCAGAUUCCUCCAUCAUGCCUUGUUCCAGCAGAGGUCAUUCUUGCUGGAGGUGAACAGUUCCCUGGUCCUCCUACUUCUGUCCAUCACAGUGUCCCCAGCAGUAUGGCCCCACCCGCCCCCGCCUCCGCCCCCAUAGUCUCUAAGGACCUCCACAUGGUGGAAUCGAUUAUGCAGCUUUCAGCAUCAAUACCUGUCCAGUCAACCCCAACCUUCAUGCCCACACAGCAGCUAUCUGCUGCUCCACAGCAGAUCCCAAACACAGCAGGUCUCACCAUGGGCUCCACCAGUACGGCAGCCUGUCCUCAGAUACCUAACACAACAGCCCCCGCUCAACCUGAGCAUGUCGCUUUUAUUCCAGAGCCAUCUGAGCAGAUCUUAGCUGGAUCACAACCCCCCGAUCCAGACCCCGGGUUGUGGCCUGAAGUUCUAUCACCAGCUGGACCAAAGCUGAACCUGAACCUAGCCACUGCAAUACAGUGUAGCGCCACUGCAAUGAAUGCCAACCAGGCACUGGAUUUGCAGAAUAACAACAGUCUGCCAGCAGCUCCCCCAGCUGAGGUAGCAUCACAGUCCAGUGUGGAGGAGGCUUUACCAGAAAAAAUUAUGCCAUUUCAUCAUUUCGGCUAUGACAGCCUGAAUUCGGAUGCUGCCUCAGGGAAGGAGCUGAGUGACAGCUGUGAGGGCUCGAUGGGCAGCGGCAAGGCGGAGGGGAAGCCCAGGAAGCACCACCGGCGGUCAACACGAGCACGAUCGCGACAGGAACGCACCAGCAAGCCCAAACUAAGCAUGCUCAAUGUGGGUGCUAAGCAGGUCUGUAAUACUGGGGAUAAGAUGGUGGAGUGUCGUCUAGAGACUCACAAUCAUAAGAUGGUCACCUUCAAGUUUGACCUCGAUGGAGAUGCACCUGAGGAGAUCGCCACCUACAUGGUGGAACACGACUUCAUCCUGCAGCUGGAGAAGGAGAUCUUCAUUGAGCAGCUAAAAGAUAUUGUGGAUAAGGCAGAGGACCUUCUGAGUGAGGACACUGAGGGAGAGAGAAGCUCAGGACCAGGCAGCAGCCCCCAACCAGACCGUACACUUGUUCUCCCUGGAGAAGAGACUACAAUAAUGACCCCCUUUGAUAGCAAGCAGCCCGUCUAUCAGCAGAAUGUGCUCCACACGGGUAAGAGGUGGUUCAUCAUCUGCCCAGUGGAUGAAAGCCCUACACCCAACAAGGAGGAGUUGGCUUCACCUGCUGCUUCAUCUCCCCCUCCUGCUGCUAUGAAAGGUAACCAGCAUGGUAUUCUCCAUUGCCUGGAGGCAGUAAACAAAGACACAUCUGAGUCACCUUUUGUGGCUGAGGAGAUCACCCCAGCAGAGCGAGCUGGACCUAACGUCACCGUGGAAGUGCAAGGAGGCACAGGAGAAUAUCACGCCCUGCUCAGUCCCCAUUUACUAGACGAGCCCUCGGGUGUCCUCGUCAGAAGCGUGUCUCCCAUCCACACUGCCCAGCAGGCAGUGGAAAUUGUUCGCGCUGCCACCGUUACAGACGGGGUCCCCUGUUGCCCCCUAGUGGCAUCCUUGUCCCUGGAGGCAAACUCUAUUCAGGGGGUGCCACUGCAGGCACUGCCCGCUGCGGACGCAGUGACCACUGUGGAGCCUCUGCCUAGUGCACAGGGAGGCUCCGCGCAACAGCCCGUGGUGCUUCAACAGCCCAGUGCCACAUCUCUGCCACUCUCCCUGCCCCAGAGCCCUGCCCCGUCUCAGGCGACUUGUCUUGGUGAAUCUGAUGGGGAGGGACCCCCCAGGGUGGGCUUUGUUGACAACACUAUAAAAACCCUGGACGAGAAGCUGCGCAACCUGCUGUACCAGGAGUACACGCCGCUGCUGCCUGACACGCCCGAGUCCGCCAGCGAAUCUGUCACCUCGACGCCCGGCCGCGAGAGGACAGGUGGCCUGCCCCGAAGGGGAGAACAGCUGCCUCAGAUUCCUGAGCGGAUGGAUAGCCUCAUGACUCUCAGUGACUCAGCUGUCACCGCUCCUGAGUGGGACCAGACAAAGCGUUACAUAGUCCCGCACUCUGCGUCCUGUUCAGGGUCAAGAAGUCGCUUCAAGCUGUUUCCUGCUUCGCCAGAAAUCAGACAACAUCUGGAGCAGAAUCCAAGCAGUUGGAGCAGCUAUUCUGCCACAGCACCUCCUGUUGUUCGGGGCAGGGAAGACAGCUCUGCAAUGAAUGCAGAAAAGGGGGUAGUGCCUGUCACUAGCAUCGGCAGAUUCUCCGUGGUCAGCACUCAAGAUGAGGUCACUCUGAAGGUGCGCUGCAACAGGUAUUCUGCCCCACCAGACUUCUACCUGGACCCUCCCCCACCUCCAAGGCGGAGCCCCUCCCCUGUGGCCGCAGUGAGACCGAAUUCUCACCGACGUUCUUCUGAUUCUGGGGAGGACAGCAGCCCCAUCAAACAUCUGCCCGCCCCGCAGUUCCAGCGCCCCCCCAGUGAGCGCAGGGGCAGUGACCUGGUGAAGAAAGCUGUGGCGUUUCUGAAGAGGUCUGGGCGUAGCAGCAGCGUCCACAGCUCAGAUUCACCCGCCCACGGCAGCACUGGCCACGCCCACAUUGUCCACGCUGCUACAUUCCAUUCCUGCUCCUACGUCAGCAGUGACAAUGACUCGGAGUUUGAAGACCUUGACAUCAGGAAAGAGCUACAGAGACUUAGGGAGAAACACAUGAAAGAAAUUACAGAGCUCCAGGCCCAUCAGAGACAGGAAAUUGAGACGUUGUACAAGAAGCUGGGUAAAUCCGUGCCUCCCAGCUUGGGAUUCUUACCAACAGCACCACCUGUUGGCCGCAGGCGGCGAGCCAGCAAACACAGGCUCAGAGCUGGGAAACUCCUCAAUCCACUGGUUCAGCAGCUGAAAGGCGUGACCAGUAAAACCAGUGAGCCCUCCACAACCUCGCUGACGGCUUCGGGACCUGCCGAUGGAGCUUUCCGAUCCAAUGCUGGCCUGCUGCCCACCUCGACCUCGGUGCCAGUCCAGACUCAGCAGCCCUGCUCUCUCAGGGCCUCGCUCUCCACAGAUAACAUCUACUGUUCAGGCUUGCAGAAAGCAGGGAGGAUGGCACACGGUCAGGCAGCCCAUGGCUGGACCACGCAGCCUCACACACCAGAGAGAUCCAGCUCCAAGUCCGGCAGCAAACCGCGAGCUCGAUUCCUCAGUGGGCCCGUGUCCUUGUCCAUCUGGUCCACCUUGAAAAGACUGUGUGUUGGCAAAGACCGCAGUAAUAAGUCAUCACAGAGUGGCGGGGCAGCCCCAGCGAUGGUAAAGCAACCCCCAGAUUCAACCCCCCCUCCAUGCCAGCCAGGGCUGCCUCUGGCCCAAGCUAACAACAGCAACAACAAGAAAGGCACCUUUACAGAGGAGCUGCACAGGCUGGUGGACGACUGGGUGCGGGAGACUCUAGCAGCAAAGCAGGCCAAAGACCUUCUUGAUCUAACUAGUCCGCAGCGUCAGAGGCACAACGGGGAGAGCAGAGCUUCACCCUCGGACACCAGUGAGGACACUGAGCAGACCGUUCAGGGGGACGGAAUGCAAUACGACACAGCGGCGUGCACCAGUGAAUGGGUGACGCUCGGGAGGGGGACAGCUGGCUGUCAGGAGGACUUUGGCAGGGUUCCCGGUGUUGGAGUUGUUCAGCCACUCUUCUCCCACCCUAUGCCCGCUACACUGGCAUCCAUGGGGUCCGGUUAUGCCAUACCUCCAACCGGUCCUUUCGGAGAAGAAACAGCAUGGUCUGGGAUAGUUCCGGUUAAAAUGCCAGGAGCUACUAGAGCCCUGGCCUUUCCUUCCAUGGCCAGUUCCAAGUCCCAGGUCUUUCCGCUGCCUUUGCACAACCGAGUAGAGACAUUCAGCACCAGUGCAAAUACCAGCUAGUCCUACUCUUUCUUUGACGUGUUGCUAUAAUUAACUAGCCCUACUAUUCUGAGCCACUGCACUUUCCAUUCUUGUUUUAUAAAUGGUAGAUAAUUAUUAUUAGUUAAUUAUUAUCAUUAUUAUACAUAUAAUUAUAUUAUAUAUAAUUGUUAUUGAGUCUGCUAGUUCUCCUCUUUCGCCAAGUGUGGCUAAUGCUAAGACUUGUUAGUUACACUCUUCCUUCGCCAAAUGUAGCUAAUGCUUAUGUCAGCUGAUUCAGUUCUUCUUUGGCCCAGUUUUCACAGCACUAGUCAUAGGUAUAUGUACUUUUCCCUGUUUCAGUAUGGCUGAGUGACAGUACUGUCUAUUCUUAGCCCUGGUUCACUCUGUUACUAGUGAUCUUCAUCUUCUUUCACCUUCUCCCAUGGCUAAUGCAAAGACCUGCUGUUUCCCAAGUCCUGAAUGUCUUAUUCUAGGUUCAUCUUUUCAUUAUUUGUGUUGUUGGAGUGCAGCAAAUGAUAGGACUACCUGUCCUCACUUUUGUCGUCCAUUGCGGCUGACCGUUUGACCAUAGGACUACCUCAUUCACAUAUUUCCUUGAAAGUGCUGGAGAAAGAUGGCUUGUGUGUGUUUAGACUUGGGGAUGAAUAGUCCAUGUCGUCAAGGGCCAAAGGUUUUAAGUAUCUUUUCCUUUAUUGAGUUAGUUAUACAAGGUAUGAAGUGGCACUGCAUCAGAUAAAUUGCUUCAAAUAAAUAUAAUCGGAGAUGGAAAGUGAAUUAUCGCAUCCUCUGUCUGAGUGUGGUAGGAGGCAGCCGGUAGAACAGAAGGUUUUGCAUUCAGAUGAGGUUUUUCCACAUGGCCAUUAAGCUGCUGGUCCCUUUUCUCAAUGUAAACUUCAAACAGUCACUGUGAUUUUUUCUUUUUUCAUAGAUAUUUACUAUUUUCAUUCAUUUAGGAGACUGUGAGCUACUGAUAACUCUUACAGAAGUAGUAUUCAUUAAAAAAAACUUAAACUUGUACUUGAGAAGACAGAGUAUAAGUGCCUUCAACGAUGCUUUUCAAAUAAUUCACUAAAGGAGCAUGUUGUUUGUAAGGUUUAACUGUUCCUGUGUACAUAUUCUUCUCAUCAGUAUAAAUCUGCUUUGUGUCACAACACAACCAAAUUGGAACAAUAAAUACAGGUGCUUAUGUAAAGAGAAGCUACCUGAGAAAGAUUUUUGGCUUAUUUCCAGUGACUCACAUGCUGUUUACUAACUAUUUGAAGACACCGUCUCUUGGGAUGACAUCGACGCAGAUUACACUCAGUGGCAGUUUCUAGAUUGGGCCCCAUUCUGUAAAUUCUAUCAUAUGUGCAUUUACCAGACCGCUCUGUUUUGUCCAGUAAGUAAUAUCGUAAUAAGUUAUGCAAUAAUUUUAUGAGUGAUAUAUAAUAAUUACUGUAAUUUUUUGGGAAGAGCAUGAGGGUUCAGCAGGCAGCAUUGUGUGUGUCCCAGAAUUGCAGAUUUGAUUCUCCACUCAUCUCUUGGCGUGUGGGGAUUGCAUGGUGUGUAUGUCGGUUUCUUCCAGAUACUAUGGUUUUUAUCUACUGUUCAAUGAGCUGCCGUCCAGCUGAGCUGGUGUUUAGAGAAUUCCUUGUUGUGCAAUUGCCAUGCAGUGGAUUGGUGUUGAAUUUAGUGUGGUUCACGAAACCCUGUUUGGAUAAGCAGCUGUUGAGAUGGAUACGUAAAAUGUCAAGUAACCGAGUGCCACUGUCAUUUAUGUGAUGGCUCUGGCAUAUUUUGGGUAUUUAUGUGGACUGUGUGAGAGAGUAGGCAUCACUCAGAGCUGCUGAUCUUGCAUUAUAGCCAAAGGUUGCGGACGAGAGUAACCCAAUUGCCACAACAAAAUAAAUAUACACAAGUACAGUGCUGUAAUGGAAGAACCGCUCAUACAAUGAAGCAUUGUAGACUUAAGGCAAGUGUAAUGUCUGAAUAUUAUAGGCGUAAAGCAUGUGUAGUGUGUGUGUAGCAUACUUUAGGGUUAGAGCAGGUAUGGUGUCUGCCAUAUCAGUCUUGAGCUAUUCUAGUCUCCCCUAUUCACUCUGUGACAGGAUAUAUGAGUUUAUCCUCCUAACUGCACAGUUUAUUUACUGAGUUUUUGUACCUUGAUUUUGGCAAAUUUCAGAAAAAUCUUGAUACAGUGGAGAACCCUGCAUGUUUUAUUCUAUUUAACUUUCUGAGUUUCUUCUACAUGAACAAACAGAAAAAAGAAAAAAAACACAUGGAAAACUGCACUAAAUUUAUAUAUUACUACUUUUUUUUUUAAUAAUAAUUUAAUUUUUUUGUUAGUUAAGGCAAAAUUGUACAAUAUGAAAAACAUUUGAAAAUAACUUAUUUUCCUUUGUUAUGGAUAUAAUUUGCACAUAUUUUAGGAACCCUACUCAAGUAAGUGUGUUUUUUUCAGAACCUCUAUAAACAUAGCAGUGUCAUCAAUAAAUGUUUUUUUAAUUCAUUCACCAAAUGUCUAUACCAUGCCUUUGAGUAGAAUUAAACUUUUAUAAAAAAUAGUGCGCAGAUUCUGCUCUCUACUGAAGUAUUACUCCUGUUUCUCCUGCAUAUUUCUGCGUUGUGACCAAAUACAAGAACCGUCACAGAGGCUUUGCACUUUGUAGGAUCGCUUCUACCUGCUGUAUAAUCCUUGCUUUUGGUCACAAACAUGGAACCUGUUUAAUGAGACAAAUAAACCUAUUCAAUUUCUGAA